GUCGUGUGGCGAGCGUCCAGACUGGUGGCUCGUGCCUGCGGACAGGUCUUAAGCUGGGCGGCGGGUUGGGCGCGCUCAGUCGACCGCGGCGCGUGUGACCGGUGGGUGCCGCUGCGUAGCUCCCCCGGACCAUCACCGGCGCCGGAGAGGUGUGAGCGCUGAGGUGUGUAGAGGUUGAGUCAGUCGCGAGCCGCCUGUGGACCCGCGGGCUGGUGAGGCGGUGUCUUGUCGGUGGUGAGCCAUCUGGAGGUAGGAGACGAGCAGCUCCGCUAGCGAGGAGAGACGAACCGAGACGAUGACGGCCGGUGACGCCGCCGCGGACUCUGUGGCUCGGCUGGCUGAUGUCAGCCACGAGGUCAACAACAACACGGCGCUGAAGACGGACGAGCAGUCGGACUCGGCCGUCAGUGCCGGCGCGCUGAAAUACAGCCUGCGCGCGCGCAGCAUCAAGAAGAGGAUCGAAACGGAGCACCGUCAGGUGGAGCCGAAGGUGCGCCAGCCGCGGCCAAAGGCAAGGCCGCCCCCGCUCAGCAAGUACCGCAGGAAGACGGCCAACGCCCGUGAGCGCGACCGCAUGAAGGACAUCAACUCGGCGUUCGAGCUGCUGGAGCGCUCCAUUCCGGAUCUAUCUCUACGCACGCACGCCGAGAAGGUGACCAAGAUCACGGUGCUACGGCUGGCCAUCAACUACAUCAAGGCGAUGACGGCGAUGCUGGACUCGGACGCCGAGAGUGCGGCAUGUGACAGUCCCUGCGGCCCGUCCAGUGUCGGCUCUUCUCCCUCUUCCGGUUCCUCCGAGUGGAGCAGCGGCAGCGACCUCCCCGACCCACUGGACAACAUCGAGGGUCUCACCGACUUCCAGCUGCCGGGCGGCAUCGACAUGCUCAGCGACAUGCUGGACCUGAAGAACGACAGCGACGGCAUCGACUUCAGCUGUUCCGACUUCAGCGACCUCCCCAGCCCCUGAGCGGCGCUCGGUCGUUGACGGGGAACUUGUGAUCAGUCGGCGUUGUGACAUUUUGUGACGCGUAUUUUUAUGACAGUUUUUGUGUCGUGUGACCUGUUUGGGGCUGCGAUGAGGGUCUAUUCUAUUUGCGAGUUGUGACGGUAUUGCAUUGUCUGUAAAGGAUUUUUAAUCCGCUGACUGACGCGUACACUCAUGUGCAUAAUUUGUGACAUAAUUGGCACUCGUAGAAACGAGCUGCGAAAAGCAAUUUCCUUUUUAUCUCAGACGUUAUCUCGCGCGAGUUGAUGGUAGCAGUAGGUGAGAGGUAUCACCUCACGGGCAAUGAAGGUAAGUUUCAUGGCCCUGUAAACCAGUGUCGAGCGGCGCCGCCGCAGCACUCUGCCGCAGGCCACCGCCAGCCGCCGCCGCCACUGCCCCCACCCGCCGUCCAGCGAGGGCGCACUCUGCAUAUCUUCACCCGCCGCUCGUAGUGUAACGAUAGCCUAGCAUAUCACGCCAAUCUAGUCGGUAACUUUAAGGCCCGCCGCGCCGGCCGGCCGACCGAGCCUGGUUCCGGUCGGUCGGCGCGGCGGAGAGCGCUGAUCCGGCAUGAGGAGCACGCGCUCCGUAAUUGCAGUGUGCGUGCGCAGCCGGCCCGCUGCAGUGUUCAACAGCGUCCGUGGGCGUGCGCGGCGUAACGCACGCGCCAAAUGUGUAAAAAUGGUUGUAAUGCCUGUGCGGUGGGUGUUGAAAGUGUCUAUUUGAUGUGUUUCUGAACACUGUUCAGGUGUUUUUACCUCAAUAUCAAGUGUGUUUCUGA